AACCCAUUUCUUCCCCUUUAUCAGUGCUGUUCAGCGAGUGCUACCAUGGCAGCAGCUACAACUCCAUCAGAAGACCAAGUUCCUCUGAAACUUUUCAUGUGCAAGGAGAAAAACAAAGUCUUUUUCGCUGAGGCAGGGAAGGACUUUGUGGACGCUUUGUUUAGCUUCUUAACACUGCCUUUAGGAACAAUUGCCAGAAUUGUGAGCAAGGAGUCAAACAUAGAACCAAUUAAAGUUGGUUGUUUGAGUUCACUCUAUGAAAGUGUGGCAAAUCUUGACAAAGAGUGUAUGUGGACAGAAGCCUGCAAAGAAAUGCUGAUGAAGCCAAGGAACUCAAUGGAAGCUUAUUGCAAAAACCAGAAAUUGAACAUAGAUGACACAGACCCCACAGAGUUCUUCAUUUGUAAGGACUUUGGUUGUAGUAGAAAACAUGGUGGCCCUUUGAGCACUUUCUUGAAUGUAAGAUGUAGUUGUGGAAAAUUAAUGUGCAGAAAGGUAUCCUCUAAGAAUUUGACUAUCCGCAAUGGUUUUGUUUCGGAAGUUGCUAGUUUUAUUGUAAGCGAUGAUCUUUGUGUGAUGCCUAAUGAGAUUACAGCAAGUGUGUCUAUACUUCAGAACCAUGGAAUCGAAAACGUGGAUGUUAUUGAAGAACAAAUUGUGAACAUCAGUAAGAAGGAGGUUGUUGAUCUGCUUAAGUGUUCAUUACUCUCGAAGACCCCUUUGACAGAUUUGUUCUUAAAGAAGAAACAACUCCUUGAUGAUUUUGAUCCAAGUUAUCACCCCCAAUUUGAGGUUGCAGAGGUGAAAAAUGAUGGGGCUAGGAAAAUAGUUUUGAAAGUGCUAGUAAGAAAAUCAAAUGGCAAGAUUCUGUUUACUCAAGCAGAGGAAGAUUUUGCAGACUUUCUGUUUAGCUUUCUCACCUUCCCUUUGGGGGGAGUGUUACAUAUGCUUGAAGGAUACUCUUCUUUGUGCUGCAUUGAUAAUUUAUAUAAGAGCAUUUCUAAUUUGAGUUUAGAUAGAUACUUGAUUUCAAGGGAUCUCAAAGACGAAUUAGCUAACCCUCUCUGUGCCCCACAAUUUAACCUACGGAAUCAAAUAUUACCAAUUGGUGCUGCUGGGGCACCUACCUAUUGGUUCACUAGUUACUACGUGAAUGGAGCAGAAUGCGGAUCUCUUGAUGAUGUAGCUAUACAUCCUGAUGCUAAAAAUUUUAGUAAAGUAUACUUGUAUCUUGUUGAUCCUAAGUCAUCCACUGGAGAAACAUCAAGUUCUCGUGGAUUUGUUAAAGGGCCAUCAACGUACAUUGUGACAGACGACUUGGUUGUGACACCAAUGUCAACCAUUUCUUCUGUUUCAUUACUAAAUAGAUCAAAGGUUCCUCUCUCUGACUUAGAAGAAAGGAUCAUCUGUAUUGGCCUGAAGGAGGGUCUCAGUAUGUUAAAGGCUGCCUUGACUUCAACUCGUGCUUUGUCAAACUCUCUGAACCAGCUCAUAAAACCCACUAAGGAGGAGAAUUGAUCAAUUAUCUUUUUGGUUUAAGCUGUUCUGUUCUAAUACGGUGGCUGUGAUUUCAUCAAGUGUGCCAUGACUAUCAUAUAUUUCACAUGUAAAAUAUUCUGAAUGCCAAUCAAUUUAAUUUUCUUUAC